UACAUUUUUUGUCCUAGAGAUAUUAUCCUUUGUUUUAUAGAAUACAAGUAUUAAAAAAUAAUGCUCAUACCUUGUUGGUGUUUUAUAUUAGGUUCACGAUAAAGUUUAAUGAGAGUAAUUUAAAGAAGAUAACAAGAAAGAGAAAUUUGUAUUAUUUGUGAAACUAUGUUGAAACCAAAAGCAUUAACACAAGUACUUAGUCAAGCUAAUACCGGCGGCGUAGAAAAUACAUUAUUAUUAAAUAGAGAUGGUGGUUUAUUAGCUUACAGUGGUUAUGGCGAUAAAGAUGCAAGAGUAACUGCUGCUAUUACAAGUAAUAUUUGGUCAGCUUAUGAAAAAAAUGGACGAAAUGCAUUUAAGGAAGAUGAAUUGCAAUUCGUAUUAAUGGAUUGUGUGGAGGGCAAAGUCGUUAUUACCGAAGUCGCUAAUUUGUUGUUAUGUUUGUAUGCAAAAGAAAAUGUGGGAUUUGGUUUACUAAGAGAAAAAGCACAAGCUUUAGCAAGAUACCUUGAUCAACCACUAAAAACAAUAGCAAAUAUGCCUUAAUCAAUGUUUAAACAUAUACCCAAUUGUGUUGUAAAAUUUAGUUUUAUAUUUUAAUGUUUAUAAUUUAUUGUAAAGAUACUUGGUACUGUCUUGUAAAUAAUAUAUUUUCAAUUAAUAAAACACUUAUGUAAUCAUUUA